AUGGCAUGGCAAAGAUGGGUAUUUUUUCUGUUUCUGAUGGUUAGAAUGAUGCUUUUACCACAAGUUUUUGCUGAAAAUGAUACCUUAACUCAGUCUCAACAACUGUCGUUGAAUCAGACGCUUGUUUCUGCUGGCAAAAUAUAUGAGUUAGGCUUCUUCAAUCCAAGUAACUCGAGCAAACUAUAUCUCGGUAUAUGGUUCAAGAAUAUUCCUGGUCAGAGAAUUGUAUGGGUAGCAAAUAGAGAAGAUCCAUUACCAGCUUCUGAUUCUUCUGCAAUCUUGAAGAUUGGAAUUGAUGGAAACCUCAGAAUUGUAGAUGGCAACCAAAAUACCGUUUGGUCAACAAAUGUUAGUGUCCAGUCUAACAAUACAAUUGUCGUGCUUACAGACAAAGGAGAACUCAUUCUUAAAGAUACUGUCUCUGGAACAUCUUUAUGGGAUAGUUUUAACCAUCCUUGUGAUACCUUGUUAUCAGGAAUGGUUAUAGGAUACAACAGCAGGACGGGGGUGAAACUAGUUUUAUCGUCGUGGAAAGCUGAAGAUGACCCGUCGCCUGGAAAUUUUAUUGCUGGACUUUCGGUAGAAAUGCCACCUCAAGGCUUCACCUAG